UUGACAUCGAGUCAACUCGGACUGCUUCCAAUUCACUUAUAAGGUUGUACGUGCGGUAACUCAGCUUGCUUUUGGCAAAAAACUAUAGAGACAUGGACUUCCAAGUGUGCCUACAUGCCCCCCUUCGAUUACCCUCCGCGUCACCCCACACAUCACUACUUCCAAAGUCGCACCUUGAAUAAUGGAUUCAGAAUCCGACAAUGAAUUGGGGCUUUGGAGCUUCCGACCCGUGCGCCAGUUUUUGCGUGCCUUCGAUUCCGAGACCGACGCUCCUGAAGCUUCGUCCGCUCCUGAUCCGCUCCUCUACAACCCGAAAAGCACUGUCCCAAAGAGUCUGGGUGAUUUCGACAGAUUCUUCUCCUUCUGCGGAAAACCACUGGAGAUAACCACGCCGAGAAGCCACCGCAGAUCCAAUGACUCCUCAUCCGCCCGAUCAACGGGGUCUACGCCACCUUCGUCCGCUCCUGAUGACGAUGCUCCAGUUACGGCUGAACAAUUUGACAACCACAACAGCAAGUCGAAGGGGAAGGAGGUUCGGUGGAAGGACCAGUUAGGCAGAGAACUCACAGAAGUACGCAGGAGAAGCGCACAUGGCGCAGUUGGAGACUUUGACGCCGCUGUCAUUGCUCGAUUGAUCGAGGACGAUGGCUACGAAUCUGACUCCGAACCAUCUUCCAAUACUCGGCGGCCCAUACAUUCACCAAAUCGAGAGAGAUCCGUACAUUCUCCAACUCUCAGUCAUCGAAGUGAUCCUACAGCGUUUCUCCCAGCGUCUGUGACACCACCCAAGAGAUCCUUUAUCGGCCGACCUCCUCCUCCUAUCCCAACAAUACGAGUUGAUCCAUCAGUAAUACAACCAUUCUACACCCUGACUGUCAACGAACAGAAGGCCAAACUCGUCAAAAAAUUGCUCAGAAGGUUCCCUGACGAGUCGGACAUUUCAAACUCAAUAUCUCACGUGGGAAACAAAGACGAUGACGGCAUACAUGUCUUCGUAGACUGUUCGAACAUCAUCAUCGGUUUCUAUAAUCGAUUGAAGUACAACAGGAAGAUCAGCCCAGUCGCAUAUGUGAGACAACCACCAUUUUCCUACCAUUCGUUGGCUCUUCUCCUCGAGAGAGGGCGCACCGUCGCUCGACGAGUCCUCGUAGGAUCAAAUCCGCGACCUUAUGCUUCAGAACGAGACUUGCCCGACUACAUGCAGGAAGCUCAGAUGUGCGGUUACGAGGUGAACAUGCUAGAACGGGUUCAAAAGCUGAAGCGGCCAACGCUACGAAAGAAAAAGAAUGGCUCCGGCAAUGGGUAUGCUACAACUUCAGGGCAGUCAUCUGGUUCCGAGACAACCUUUUCGGGCAUGCCUGUUGUUGCAGAGCAGGGUGUAGACGAAAUUUUACAAAUGAAACUCCUCGAAAGCUUGGUUGAUACACACAAUCCGUCGACAGUUGUCCUUGCCAGUGGAGAUGCUGCUGAAGCAGAAUUUUCUGGGGGCUUUCUCAAAUGCGUCGAACGUGCUCUUUCCAAGGGAUGGCAAGUCGAAAUUGUAGCCUGGAGCGAUGGGCUUAGCCAAGAGUAUAGAUCCCAAAGAUUCGUAAACAGAUGGGAAGGUCGAUUUAAAGUGAUCGAGUUGGAUGAUUUCUGCGAAGAGAUGUUGGCUGCGUAUAUUUCCAAACAUACCUUGGCGUUUUAGGGAGUUUACUUUGCUUUUUUCAAGCAUAUAUAGAGUGCGGCGUUUCAGGGGCAGGAGAAUCCCAUCGAUUUGGGCAAAUGGUUGGGAGCGUAGGCUUGGGUCAGGCAUUCUGGCGCAUGGGUUUGGAUGGCAGCAUUGGUAAUGAGUUUAUGACUUACAAUUAGCAUAGCAUCGGGACA